AUGCUCGCCGACGGCGAGCACAGCGCCAAACUAGCUCACGAUAGUGAGCUAGUCCAGGUUUUGAUUUUUCGAUUUUCUAAACCAGAUCCGUGCGUAAACCCGUUCACACCCCGCCCGUACCCCGACCCGACAAUACCCGACCCGACCCGACCCGAAAUACCGGAUAACAAACCAAAAAGAACCAGUAAAGAUGAACCCUUUGAACCUUCCACUCACCCAAUGUUCGAUCAGCGUUUGAACAAAUGCAUCGAUCCGCCUGCUCGCCGAUGGCGAGCAGCUACGAUUGAAGUAACAAAUGAAAGACUAAGAUCACGACAAGCUAACAUCCGAAUGAAACUUAACCAGAUCAAAAGCAGUGCCAAGAACCGUCAAUCGCAAGGUUCCAGCUCCAAAGACACCGAGGUGUCUGAACGUAACAGAUCAACCACAGCUCCAUUCACCCCUGCUCCCAGCGUUCCAGCGACACCCAGAGCUAAGGCCGCAGCCCCGGUGAAUGAUUUGAUGGCCCCACGCAAGGUGAGUUCCAUCCGCGGUAGUCAGUUGCUCGCCGACGGCGAGCAAUCCCAGGCAAGACUGACGAGAAGUUUGCAGGCACCUGCUAUCGUUGAUCCUAAGCUGAAGACCCCCGUUCAAGCCUCGGAACCAAGCAAGAUCCCCAAGACGUUCAAGGCCGCCAUCAUUUCGGACAAGCAGGCCAAAAAAAAGAAGGUACUUAGGCUGACUGUCAUCGAAUCGAAUAGGCGAAGGAAGCUGGCAGCGGACUCACCUCAGGCUCAAAAGGAUGUUCAGUAUCUAUUGACGCUCGCCAUUGGCGAGCACUCGUCGCCUUCGACUGACAAUGUUUCAUCCCUACACCGCAGGAUGUCGAAACCAUUACGGGUAAUGGUACAACAAACAAAAAAGAUUGUAGAAGACUCUUCAUCUGGACAGGAGACCACGUUUGCACCUAUCGAACCUCACAAGAAGGGUAUUAGCGGUAUCUCUAAACCAGGAAAAGAUGCCUAUACACCAGAUCUAGCUCCAGCAACGACAACUGAAGGAGACGGGUCUGCGAAUUCGACGGAACAGGCGGGCCAUGCGCAAGAGGAACCAGCCAUCCGGGAUGAGACCAUGGAAAGUGGAGAGGAGGAUCAAACCCAAGUUGAACACGAGAGGAACGCGAGCCAAGGAUUGAAAGAGGAAGAUAAGCCCGCCACGCAGACCAUGCAAUCAGUCAAGGUCCAGCAAGCUACAGAAGAGUUCGAAGAAGUCCGCGAAUUGUACAACAUAAUGAAAAGCAGAGUUGAGAAGUUAGAGAAGAAAGCUGAAAACGGUGCCAUCGACAAACAGCUAUAUGUUCUACAACGCAGCCUCGACGAGCUUCUGAAGACCAUGGCUGAAGCUGAGCAUGAAUUGAUGGUUACCCUGACUAGUCAACACCCCGAAGUCAUCUUCGUUCCCUCAGUAUAUGUGCCAACCGUCGAAACCACCAACGUCAAGAAGAGUCAACGUGAUGGAGCUGAUACAGUACCUGAAGAAAGUGACAAGCAAGCAUCAGGUUCCUCGAUGAAGCGGAAGAAUCGCACCAGUGAUGCAACAGCUCAUGAUGCUCCGAGGAAGCGGAUGAACACUAAGGACUUCGAGGAGAAGGAGGCAGUGGAGUGUAACCAAGAAGGAAGAGCCGACAUUGGGAUCAAGUCCACCAAGAGACGCAAGACUCAAACCCCGGCGGAAGUCCCUGAAGAAGACAUGCCUCAAAGACCCGAAUCUACCUCAAAAGAAGCAGAAGGCCUCGUGGUUCAUCCUCCUCAGAAGAAAGGCAAGAAGAAACCAGUCGAAGACGACGAUGAGGAAGAUGGAGAAGAGCAGAAGAAGGUUAUCAUACCCGAAAUGUUCCGCAAGGGAACAAAACCUGACUUAGCGCGUCUUCUCAAGGAUAUGACACCUAUCGAGGGGCAAGAAAUUCGAAACUUCAGAGAUCAGUUAAUCAACGUCGCCUUCAAUUGGGGAGAGGCCCUUACGUCGAACGUCUGCUCCAUCAUCCAAUUGUGGUCCUUCGAUCGACGAUCCCUGGACGACAAGCCUGAUGAAUCAGACCUCCCUUCUCAUCUUGAGUACAUCAAAUCCCUAGUAGAUGAUCAUGCAUUGAUGGAAAAACGCAUUCAAACUGCCCCUCUUCUCAUGCAACUGUCCGCGCUUGAUCCCUUCUUCGACGAGACAUCACUGAACUGGGAGUUGGUCGAGGAAUCCUCUAUGUUCCCGUUCACUAAAGAUAUGAACGGAGUAUUCCGCGCACUUCACGCGAUGUCCUGCCGCAAGUCUGAUUCUACGACGUGGACCGAAGUGUCUAAACUCAAAAGUGACAUCAAGAAUGGCAGCAUGAUAUUACACAACAUUUUAGCCGAUAGUCUUGCUCUCAUAUCAUACGAAACCCAACAUGACGAUAUUAUCAUCAGGAACGAUGGAGAGUUUAUGAUUCCUGAGAAGUUCAUUCCUAUGUCUCAGACUGUAGGAUGGUUAUAUCAUCAAAUCAGUAUGAGAAUGAAACCUGAAGGAAAUGCCCGAGGGGACCGAGUCGCCAGUGCUAGUGUUAAUGCUCUACAAGCCAAAUUCUUCUUAGUGCUCGUGGGGACAAUGUUGGUGUACAAAAGCGAUUGUUAUAAUCGUGAAGAUUCGAAGAACAUGAGAAGGAAGAAGACGGGCAACAACGCUCAAGAAAUCGCUGAACUCAAGGCGAUUCAGAAAGAUCAGACCUGUCUUCGACAACUCGUUAACACGAAGCAUAGAAAUGUCAGCAAGAGGCUCAAAGGCUCAGACACGUCAACGACUGUUGCGAAAACUAAAGCUGAAGAAAGAAAGAUAGCACAAGUCAUCAAUCACGACCUUUCACGCUUUCGAGGUGAUGCCAUUCAGGCCAUGUCCUUAUUUUUUCUCUACGGAACUGCCUCUUUUUUCCACGUUUGGCCGACCACGCGUGAUACGACUCAACAUGAUGCAGCGUUGCUAAUCAACUUAUCAGCAAUUCUACAUGAACGUCGAUGGCGCAACGUCGAAGACAAGAAGCACGUAUUCGGAUGCCGAGCAUGGAACCGACUUGACUCUCUGAUGCACCGGGCUCUCAAACGAUUCAUCACCGAAAACGGAGACUUCAGGAAUGAUAUUGAUUGGCCUGCACUAACUGGGUACUUCAGCCGAAAAUUCGAUCCUACGAAUAUCGCUCAAGCUUUCACCUUGGACUUGAUGAUGGAAAUGCAGAGACCUGGAUUGAGCCGCGGAUUAAAUGGGUUGGUGCAACCGCACGUCAAGCUAGAAGAUUCGGAGAAGUGGUUGAUGGAUGGGCCUGCAACUCAAUCCUUCCGAGCUUUAUGGGGACCUACUGAAGGAAAGCUAGUGAAUCCGGUGGAUGGUGGCGGCAGUAUGUAUCCUGAAGUCAACGAGAAUGGGCGGCAUACCCUUCAUCAUACCAACGAAACUCGAAUGGCAGCGGACAAAGCGAAAGCAGCGACGGAGGAACCCGGUAAUGAAGAAAGUUCGGAAGAAGAAUCUAGUGAGGAGGGUCCUGGCGAUGGACGAGGAGGAGGAGGUCAUGGGUGUACUUCAGAUAGCGAGGAUCCAGAUGUGGAGUUGUAA